GGCCGGCUGUCAAACGCCGAUCGUGUCAACAAAUCGUUACGAAAACAGCGGCCAAAGUGCGAUAAAAUGCGUAGUUUAAUCGUCUAACUCCGCGAUUUAGCAGCUUCUUAACAUGUGGAACUCUGUCCUGCGGACGCUGUGCGUGCGCCAAACCGCAAACUCGAUCGGUAGCUUCCUGCGUUACUCAAAUCAGCGCGUACCGGUGGCACUGCGGAGCACAAAACCCAGAUCCGAUAGACCAACGACACAAUAUUUCGUUGAUUGCCGGCCAGUCCGCGCGAUCGGAGGGAAUGGUGGUGAUGGUUGCAUCUCCUUUCUGCGUCUCUGGUGCAACGAAAACGCGGGCCCUGACGGUGGAGAUGGUGGAAAUGGGGGACACGUCGUGCUCCAGGCGACACAGGACGUUCGGGAUUUCAACCACAUCACGACGCUACUGCGUGCGGAUAAUGGAGAGAAGGGUGCGACGAAGGAUUGCCACGGACGCAACGCGAACCAUACCGUAGUGAAGGUGCCGCUCGGAACGAUCGUCAAGAACGAGCAGGGAAAGGUUGUCGGUGAUCUGUCCGACGAGGGCAUGAUGUUCGUCGCAGCCCGUGGUGGUGCCGGUGGGAAAGGAAAUCAAUUUUUCAAAAGUGACCUCGAACAGGCCCCACAAGUAGCCGAGCACGGUGCGAACGGUGAGGAGAUGGCGUACACGCUGGAGCUACGCAGUAUGGCUCAUAUUGGCUUUAUUGGAUUACCGAAUGCUGGGAAAAGCACACUCUUGAGAGCGAUAAGCCGUGCUCGGCCUAAGGUGGCCCCUUAUCCAUUCACCACCCUGAAGCCUCACCUCGGAAUGGUGCAGUAUGACGAUUACGAACAGAUUGCCGUUGCUGAUCUGCCCGGUUUGAUCAAGGAUUCCCAUCGUAACAAGGGGCUUGGCAUUAACUUUCUGAAGCAUGCUGAACGCUGUAAUGCUCUGCUGUUCGUGGUAGAUGCCUCAGCGGACGAACCGUGGCUCCACUACCAGACGCUUCUGCACGAACUCGGUAUGUUCAGUGAGGAAUUACUCGAAAGGCCACGGUUGUUGGUCGCGAACAAGAUUGAUCUGCCCGAAGCAGAACGGAAUCUGGAGCUGUUGGCACACCAUGUGGACAUUCCCGUACUGCCGAUCAGUGCUCGCAUGAGCGUGAACAUUGCCGAGCUACUGCAUGAGAUCCGGGUGCUGUAUGACGCUGCACAGACGAAGAAGGAUACCAAUUCACCGGAAGAGGGUGUAGACCAACGAUAAUACACAAACAGAGAUAACCGGGAGAGAGAGGAAGUAAUUUGUAAAUGCGAUUUAUUAGCGGACGUAGCGAACCGAUAGAGACAAUAAAGAGUAAUUAAGAUCCAAAUGAAAAUGCAUCAUCCCUGUGCGUUUA